CGGGAUUACCUGCUACCAUACCGCUCCGAAACAAUACAUAAACCAGUCCUGCCCCCUCGAUCUUAAGCUUUGAGAGGACAGACAUCUGCUACCCAUCUCUCUAUCUAUCAUAUACAAACCAACCAACCAACCGAUCCAUCUCCAUUCCAAAACAGCCAUAAAUCAAAACCUUCAAUCCGGUGCCUACCUACCUACCUACCCACCCAGAGGCUAGACCUAGGUACCUAAACCACCACCAUCAAAAUGAAGCGAAAGAACCUCGCCCUGCCCACCCUACAAGUCGCCGCAGCGGCUUUUUUCGCAGCCGGCGUCGUCGGCGUCGCCGAAGCCAAGACGUACUGCGUCGACGAAGCGAACAAGGUCGUCGCGAAAGUCGAGUGUGACAGCGACGGCGCGCACGCCGCCGGCCAAUUCUUCCUGCACCAGGGCCCUCCCGGCCUGGCUGUCGGGCAAGCCAUCCCUCCCCCGGCCGAGCCGAGCCACGUGUCCGGAGGCUUCGGUCGUCGCUCCGACGACGAUUGCGAUCCCCAUAAGGAUCCUGACUGCGGCAACGGCGGUUAA